CCAUCCACUAGCUUGUUGGAGAGAUUCCUGGACGGCCCUCCAUGUCUCCUUGGAACGCUGCACCCACUCCUCCACCGCAGGAGCCUCGGUCUGGCUCGGAUGCCAUGGUGCCAGGACCGGCUGGUACCCCAAUACACACUGAAAGGGGGACAUGUUAGUAGAGGAGUGGCAUAGUGAGUUCUGGGCCAUUUCGGCCCAGGAAUGUAUCUCGCCCACUCCCCUGGCCGGUCCUGGCAAUACGACCGCAGAAACCUACCCACCUCCUGGUUCACUCUCUCCACCUGCCCAUUACUCUCAGAGUGAUACCCGGAGGUCAGGCUGACCGAGACCCCCAAACACUCCAUGAACGCCCUCCAUACUCGGGACGUGAAUUGGGGGCCCCGAUCAGAAACGAUGUCCUCCGGCACCCCGUAGUGCCGGAAGACGUGGGUGAAUAAUGCCUCCGGGGUCUGUAGGGCUGUAGGAAUACCGGGCAACGGGAGGAGACGACAGGACUUCGAGAACCGAUCCACAAUCGCCAGUACCGUAGUGUUCCCCUGAGACGGGGGAAGAUCGGUCAGAAAAUCUACGGACAGGUGCGACCAAGGCCGCUGUGGAACGGGGAGGGGUUGUAACUUUCCUCUAGGAAGGUGCCUAGGAGCCUUACUCUGGGUGCAUACCGAACAGGAGGAAACAUAAACCCUAACGUCUCUCGCCAAGGUAGGCCACCAAUACCUCCCCUGAAGGCUCCCCACUGUCCUCUUCACCCCAGGGUGACCCGAGGAGGGUAGAACGUGAGCCCACCGAAUCAAUUUGUCCCGAACACCAAGCGGCACGUACUUCCGCCCCACCGGACACUGAGGAGGAACGGGUUCCGCCCGUAACGCCCGCUCGAUGUCCGAGUCCACUUCCCACACCACUGGUGCUAUCAGCCUUGAGGCGGGAAGGAUGGGAGUGGGUUCGGUGGGCCGAUCGUCCGAGUCGUAAAAACCGGACAGUGCAUCCGCCUUUACGUUCUGGGAGCCCGGUCUAUACGUUAACGUAAACUGGAAUCGGGUAAAGAACAUGGUCCACCUUGCUUGACGUGGGUUCAGUCUCCUAGCUGCCCGAAUAUACUCCAAAUUCUGGUGGUCGGUCCAGAUGAGAAAAGGGUGCUUAGCCCCCUCAAGCCAGUGUCUCCACACCUUCAGGGCACUGACCACUGCUAACAACUCCCGGUCCCCCACAUCAUAUUUACGCUCCGCUGGACUGAGUUUCUUCGAGAAGAAAGCACAGGGGUGGAGUUUUGGUGGCGUACCAGAGCGCUGUGAUAGCACGGCACCUACCCCAGCCUCGGACGCGUCCACCUCCACUAUGAAUGCUAGAGAGGGAUCCGGAUGCGCCAACACGGGCGCAUCCGUGAACAGCGCCUUCAACCUGUUGAAAGCUCCGUCCGCUUUUGCUGACCACUGCAGCCGCACCGGACCCCCCUUCAGCAGUGAGGUAAUGGGAGCUGCUACCUGGCCAAAACCCCGGAUAAACCUCCGGUAGUAGUUGGCAAAACCCAAAAACCGCUGCACCUCUUUUACCGUGGUCGGAGUCGGAGACGGAGACGGCCUUAAUGCGGUCACUCCCUAUCACCACGCCCGAGGUGGAUAUGCGGUAACCCAAAAAAGAGACGGCUCGUUUGGAGAACACACACUUCUCAGCCUUGACAUAUAGGUCAUGCUCCAGCAGUCUACCAAGCACCUUGCGCACCAGAGAGACAUGCGCGGCGUGAGUGGCUGAGUAGAUCAGAAUGUCAUCGAUAUAAACAACCACUCCCUGCCCGUGCAGGUCCCUGAGAAUAUUGUCUACAAAGGAUUGGAAAACGGCUGGAGCAUUCUUUAACCCAUACGGCAUGACGCAGUACUCAUAAUGGCCCGAUGUGGUACUAAAUGCGGUUUUCCACUUGUCUCCUUUCCGAAUACGCACCAGACUAUACGUGCUCCUGAGAUCCAAUUUUGUGAAGAACUGCGCUCCGUGAAAUGAUUCCAUUGCCGUAGCAAUAGUGGGUAACUAAACCCCACGGUGAUGGCAUUUAGACUGCUAUAAUCAAUACACGGACGCAAACCUCCCUCCUUUUUCUUCACAAAAAAUAAACUCGAGGGGGCAGGUGAGAUGGAGGACCGAAUGUACCCCUGUCCCAGAGACUCAGUGACAUAUGUCUCCAUAGCCACCGUCUCCUCUUGGGACAAUGGGUACACGUGACUCUUGGGAAGCGCAGCGUCUACCUGGAGAUCUAUCGCACAAUCCCUUCCCGGUCGAUGAGGUGGUAAUUUAGUCGCUUUCUUUUUACUGAAAGCGAUUGCCAAAUCGGCAUACUCGGGGGGAAUGCACACCGUGGAACCCUGGUCUGGACUUUCCACCGACGUGGCACCAAUGGAAACUCCCAAACACCUUCCAGAACACUCCUUUGACCACCCCUGGAGAACCCCCUGUCUACACGAAAUUUUAGGAUUGUGCCGGGCCAGCCAGGGAAUCCCUAGCACCACUGGGUCACCAUGUCCAGGGGGACCGUGGUCUCCCUGACCACCCCUGACCCUAAUGGCCGGCUAUCUAGGGAGUGCACGGGAAAGGGAGAAUCUAUCGGCACAAGCGGAACCCUUAACCUAAAAGCGAGUCCGCGAUCCAUAAAGUUCCCAGCUGCGCCUGAAUCGACUAGCGCCCUAUGCUGGGAAGAGGGAAAAAAUGUAAGGAAAAAAAUCAAGACAAACAUGUGACUAACAGGGGGUUCUGGGUGAGUUUGGUGCUGACUCACCUGGGGUGAUCGAGAAGCGUUCCGCCUGCCAUCUCGACUCCCAGACGGACCCCCCCAGCACCGAUCGGCCGUGUGUUCUCUCCGACCACAGCUGGUGCAGGGAGAGCCUCCUCCUCCGGUACCCCUCGGCACAGCCCCUCACAACUCCAUCGGAAUAGGAGCGGAGGGGCUGGGUGGUGGAACGUACAGGACCCUCUCAGAACGCCCGCGGGCAGCCAGCAGAUUGUCCAGACGGAUGGACCUGUCAAUCAGCUCAUCCAGGGAAAGAGCGGUUUCCCGACAUGCUAGCUCCCUGCCGCCGAUCCAUCAUAAUCCCUCGGGAGUGUCAGACGGAGAGCGCUGAAGCCGAGGGAUGGAGAGGCCUGGGCUGGAGGAGCCGAAGGUGGAGAGAGGAGACCACUCCUCUCCCAUCGGUCCAUUCGCUCCUUCAUCGAAUCCAUCGCUGAUCCAAUACGGUGUAGAACAGUGGUAUGAACCCUAAUACAAAACAGGUGAACACAAUAAACACAUAGGGAGGGGGAGAAAAAGAUCAGUGGCAGCUAAUAGGCCGGUGACGACGACCGCCGAACGCCACCCGAACGGAAAGGAGAGCCUGCCUCGGUCGGAGUCGUGACAAUUGCAGGAUAAAUCAAUGUUCAAAGUUUACAUAGCUGGUCAUAUAUGGAUGUUACAUUUGACUUUAUGGGUUGGUCAUGUAGGCUUCUUCUAACCCAUCGCUUUCUACUACAUAUAAUAAUAUGAUAAAAUUAUAUACUUACUUUUAAAACCAAGUCUAUCAGAAUUCCAGUCAUUACAAUAAAUGUUAUACCCCUUGAUCUUCAAGAAUAGGACUUGGAAGUAUAGAUUAGACAAAUUGUUUUACCUGAGCAUAACCCCAAAACUAAGGACUUAUUAGCCAGCCCUACUCUGUUGUUUAUGAUUUUCUUUUUAUGGCGGACUGAUUGGGCUCAUUGAUUCGAUUUGAAAAAUAAAAGCUGCGCCCAUGGAAUGGCAUGUUUUGAGCACUACUGAAAAAAUGCUACAUUUUUAUUUUAUUUUAAUUUAAUUUAACCUUUAUUUAACUAGGCAAGUCAGUUAAGAACAAAUUCUUAUUUACAAUGAUGACCUAGGAACAGUGGGUUAACUGCCUUGCUCAGCGGCAGAACGACAGUGCUAUUUACAUGUGCUAUUUACAUGUGAAAAAUGAACGUAUUUGCUAUAGGCCUAUUGUUUGGCUUUUUGUUGGUGACACUGAUUUCUUACAUUGUAAAUGUAAACAAACACUGUAUAGCCUCAUAACAUAAAAACAAUAAUUUAAUGUAAUCUGAUUACAAUAUUUUUGCUGGUAAUGUAACAGAUUACAGGUACAGUUUUGUAAUACGUUACUCCCCAACCCUGUAUAUGCACAAACUCAUCCAAACUGUUACAGCUGGGAAGCAUGCGGACACCUUUAGUGUAACGUGGGGGAUUUAGCCAUAAAUAUCAAUAUCCUGUAGCCGAUACUAUGCCACCGUUUUAUACAUGAGGUGAGGUUCUCGAGACUAAACUAAUUCAUUUAGUUAUUAUUAUUUCACCUUUAUUUAACCAGGUAGGCUAGUUGAGAACAAGUUCUCAUUUACAACUGCGACCUGGCCAAGAUAAAGCAAAACAGUGCGACACAAACAACAACACAGAGUUCCACAUGGAAUAAACAAACUAACACAUAGGUUUACACGUUUCAUUCAAAUAAUCAAACUGACAAUAACCCUGUAGCAACACUCACGGAGAGAGUGUCCAUGGAGAAGGAGGGUGUGUCCAUGGAGAAGGAGGGCGUGUCCAGGGAGAAGGAGGGCGUGCCCAGGGAGGAGGGCGUGCCCAGGGAGGAGGGCGUGUCCAGUGAGAUGGAGGGCGUGUCUAUGGAGAAGGAGGGUGUGUUCAGGGAGAAGGAGGGUGUGUCCAGUGAGAAGGAGGGCGUGUCCAGGGAGAAGGAGGGCGUGUCCAGGGAGAAGGAGGGCGUGUCCAGUGAGAUGGAGGGCGUGUCCAGGGAGAAGGAGAGCGUGUCCAGGGAGAAGGAGGGCGUGUCCAGUGAGACGGAGGAUGUGUCCAGGGAGAAGGAGGGCAUGUCCAGUGAGACGGAGGGCAUGUCCAGUGAGACGGAGGCCGUGUCCAGGGAGAAGGAGGUCGUGUCCAGGGAGAAGGAGGGUGUGUCCAUGGAGAAGGAGGGCGUGUCCAGUGAGACAGAGGGCGUGUCCAGGGAGAAGGAGGUCGUGUCCAGGGAGAAGGAGGGUGUGACCAGGGAGACGGAGGGCGUGUCCAGUGAGACGGAGGGCGUGUCCAGGGAGAAGGAGGUCGUGUCCAGGGUUAAGGAGGGCAUGUCCAGUGAGACGGAGGACGUGUCCAGGGAAAAGGAGGGCAUGUCCAGGUAG